CGGUCGCUGGACCGACCUUCUUUUCUCUCUGUGUGUGUGUUUUGUGUGCUUGCGUGCAUGUUUGUUCCACUCACCUCUGAAACCUAUUAAUGUUUGCUGUGUUUAAUUAGGUCAGGUUGGUACUUUAAGUAGGUUAACUUUAUGGUGCACUAAUUCUUGUUGUGUUAGUCUUCUGGACCAGUAUAGUGUAGCUAUACUUUUACUUCAUUCUAUUUCUUUUUUAUCAUCCAUCACUUGUGACUAGCAUAUCCUGAUGAUGAUAAAGGUGGAGUGCAGUUCAGACGACUGGUGAAGUGCAAGAAGGAAAAGAAUUGGAAUAGAAUUGUUACAUAAUCACAUCCCUGAAUUAUGUAUUGUAUCCCGAAAUAGUUUGUCAGUGGUGCCAAGCUUUAUCCUACAAUUCAGUGUGUUGCUUUGGCAUGCCUGUCAAUUAUAAUUGAAAAGUCUUGACUUGAAUAAGAAGUUUAUUAUGGCUACCCAAGCUAUUGCACUGGAUACAGGGCAGCAAAGAAAAAAAGGCUAUUUCCUUCAACACAUUUCUUGCAGCGGUCGCGAUCAUGAAUUUAGCAAAAAUGGCCUGUAAGCUCUUAUUUUACCGAAUUUUUACAAGUUUUCAAUUGGCAACACAAGCGCUGAAGUCAUCAAGUGCUCAAGACAUGUCCACUUAGUACGAAUCUUGACAGUACCAUCAGUUUCAAUUUAUGUGCUUGCAAAAUUUAGUGAAAGUACAUUUGUUUAUUGUGGAUAAUUUUCCCACAAAGCAUUUCUCUACAUACUGUGGAAUAUAACUAUGUAUUCUGAGGAAGGAUCAUCUCAGGAUUCUUGCUAAUUGAACAUUCCUUGAGCAUGAACUGGCUCCAGUUUCACAAUUGAAGUAUCUGUACUGAAAUAAAAAAAGUCAAGGGGCACGGUGGUUAUCCUAGGUGGAUAAAAGUGAAAGCAUUGCGACCACCGCGCGAUGCUUAGACAUUAUGCCACAACACAAGGUCCUGGGUUGGACUUCCACCAAAGGUCGUUGGUUUGAGUGCCUCAAUUGACUCUAUUUUAAUUAACACCAAAAGUUGUAGGUUCAACUCCUAACAAAGGCUGAGAGUUCAACUCCCACCAAAGGUUGUGGGUUUGAGUGCCUUAAUUAACUAUAUCUUAAUUAGCUGUGCCUUAACUACCUUCUCCUUAAUUAACACCAAAGGUAGUGGGUUCAACUCCCACCAAAGGUCGAGGGUUCGUAGCCUUUUUGUACCAUCACAUUGUCACACCACCAUUGCUGGAUUUUGCGCCUCAUGAGCCAUUUAAUGCUUUAGCAUUAAUAAUUAUAGGUUAAUAUUAUUUUGUUCAUUGAUAAAUCAAAUGCGGUUUAAUGUCCCAAAGCAGCACUUCGGCUAUAUUAAGACCAUUUAUUAUUGGCUAUAAAUUUCGACCAUUUGUGGUUCUUGAUAUGCACCUAAAUAUAAGUCCAUAUUCGACUUGUCGCUUCAGAGUGCCCUGGUAGUGCUAUAAUACUUGUGUAAGACAGGACUCAAGCACCACUGCAAGGAUUUUGGUCUCCGGCCGCAAUAAUUGGGCCGCAUUGUCACUACUAUGCCAGUUGGUCAUGCUAAAACACAGCAUUAAAGCUGUCUUGCAUGACUUUUAUAGUGCUGUCCAAGUGCUCUGAAAUGACCACUAGAAUAUGCCCUAAGUGCAACCACCCACAAAAUAUUGCGGGGUACACAAAUGCGUGGCUGCGCUCCGGGGUGUAUCGGUGCAGCUGCCAUGGUAACACACUGAACCAAAUCUGCGCAGGCACACUGAUGCUUAGAGACGUCUCUUUGUGUAAUCUGCUACUUUACUUGGGCCCACCAAAGCUGCAUCUUAGUGCGGUGAAGCAAAUGUUACUUCAAUACUAUAUCACCGUUGCAGCAAGCCAACCUUGAGUUUGUGUGUCGCAUGUUAACAGACUGCAGUUUCACCACAUCAAGCCCAGUACACUGCAUCAUCAACUUCAUUGAGCAUUUCCAUCAGCAUGCCCAAACAUUGUUGUAAGAGGGCAUGAAGCCAUGCCUCUAGGCAUCACUGUGCGUGCGCAGGCUUGCUUAGGUGCACAGCCACGGCAGCUGCACCAGUGAUCCGAGAGUGCAGCCAUGAGUUCACAUGCCCUACAGUAUUUUGUGGGUGAUCAUACAUGAGCAUUUUUGCAUUCCACUCCCAUCAGAACAUGGCUGCUGGUAAUUGAAUCCACGACCUCAUACUCAGUAGCAGAAUGCCAUAGCCAUUGAGCACACUGUAGCAGGUAAAUUUUGUGAAUAAUCAACUUGUUGGUUAUUGUGCAACACGUGGUGCUCAUUUUAUGAAUAAUGUUUGCAACUGCAGCUUCAACAUGCAUGCUAAAAAUGUUCAUGAAAGGCUAAUAUUUGCUAAAUAGAUUAUUGGCAAUUAUCAGGCAAUGCACACAUUAUGAUUAAUGUUUUGCUUAAAAGAAUAACCUCUUUGUCUUUACUGCACUGUUAGUUAAAUAUUAGUUGUCUUUGCUGAACUUUUCACUGUAUAAGGAAAGCAUAACUGCAGCAGCAUGUGUUUUCAACUACUAAUAAUGUGCACAUAAAGUGAUCAUGUCAUUGGUAUUCUAUUUCCCUUAAGAACUGACAAUAUCAUACUUCCCAAAUGCGUCACGACUUUCCGGGUGCAGUUGAAAUACUGUCUCCUGUUGGUUUGUUGCGUGACAGACAACCAAGCUGCUAGAAUACCUUUCAGUACUGGAACAGAAAAGGGAGUGCUUUCAGCUUUAGUCUACCUUUAAAAAAAAAGAAAAAGAAGAAAAGGUAGGCACACUCUGCAGCAAUUUACACAGUAAUUGAAGUCCCAUUUACACUAUUCCAUAAUGUGAUUGCUCUGUCCAAGAACAAGACUGAAAUGUACAGCUUGGAAUGUGUAUUUGUCACCUUCUGAGCUGUUCUAGGAAGUGUUCAUGAGAGGCUGUUUCAGGCAAGUGUUGCAUGCAUUAUGAAGCUUCCAUGUGUACUCCUAGUGCAGAAUACAAGAUGGCAAGCCACAUAACGGCGUCUUUAUCUCCUGACAUGUUAUUGUGUUAUGUUUCUCAGAAAUUUAUGGCACCCUCUUCAUAAGGAUGUACUGGUGCUGUGUUAGAAUCAUAGCUGUUGCCUUUCUUGUUGCCCUCAAUCAAAACAAAUAUUUGGUGGGUAAACAGGGUCUUCUUCCAGCGCACCUUUACAUGGAAAGGAUUAAAGAUAUGUACAAAGGCUUCCACAGUGAGACACUGCUGCGAGUUCCGACCAUAAUGUGGCUCCACGAAUACAUUGAUGUUGACACUUUGCUUGACUGCAUAGCAUCUGUGGGCACCGUCCUAGCAUUGGGCAUCACAGUGACAGGAGCAGCAAAUGCAGUCUCUCUCUUUCUCCUGUGGAUUUUGUACCACUCCCUUGUAAACGUAGGACAGCUAUGGUACUCAUUUGGUUGGGAGUCCCAGCUGCUUGAAACAGGCUUCUUGGCAAUUUUUUUCUGUCCAAUCUGGACAUGGAAGCAGCUGCCGCGUGGCACACCUCCUUCGCCGGUCGUCAUAUGGGGCUAUCGCUGGCUCCUUUUCCGUAUCAUGCUCGGUGCUGGCUUGAUCAAAGUACGAGGUGACAAAUGCUGGUGGGAGCUGACAUGCAUGAUGUAUCACUAUGAGACCCAGCCAGUGCCCAAUCCACUUAGUUACUACCUUCACCAAACUCCUCCAUUUAUGCACAAAUUGGAAGUUCUCGGGAAUCACAUCAUUGAGCUAAUUGUGCCAUGGUUCAUGUUGCUGACAAGACCGUUCAGGAUAGCAUGUGGAAUAAUUCAGAUAUCAUUUCAGGUGAUCCUGAUUAUGAGUGGAAACCUGAGUUUUCUCAACUGGCUGACAAUCCUGCCAUCGAUACCCUACUUUGAUGAUGCUGCACUGAAAUGGAUGUUCAGCAAAAACGCUUCCAACCAAGUGGCAUUGCUGGCAAAGGAAGCGGAGGAACAAAAAGUGAAGCAUAGUAAAGGAAGGAAGGCUACAAAUAUGGCCCUUGCACUAUGCCUUGGUUUUCUAAGCAUACCUGUUGUGAUCAAUCUUAUCUCACCAAAUCAACAGAUGAACACAUCCUUUGAGCCCCUGCGUCUGGUUAACACCUAUGGAGCAUUUGGAAGCAUAACAAAAUCUAGAAGAGAGGUUAUAAUUCAAGGGACACACAGCCCGGACCCACACAACAGAAGUGCUGUAUGGGAAGAGUAUGAAUUCUUCUGCAAGCCUGGCAAUGUCUUUAGGCGACCCUGUCUCAUCAGCCCAUAUCACUACAGGCUAGACUGGCUGAUGUGGUUUGCUGGAUUUCAGGACUAUCAGAGCCACCCAUGGCUCUUCCACUUUGUUGCAAAACUAUUAGUCAAUGACAAAAACGUUUCUAAAAUAAUCUUGAAAAACCCUUUUAUGGACAGAGAACCACCAAGGUACAUCAGGGCAGAGCACUAUCACUACAGGUAUGCUCCAGUUGGCAGCUCCCAAGCAAAGGCUGGUCAGUGGUGGAUACGCUCACGUGUUGGUUCCUAUAUGUACCCAGUUUCGCUGUCCAGCUUGAAGCCCCUUUUGAAGACUUUUGGUUGGGGAAUGCCAUCUAUGUGAAUUGAACCUUGUACUGCUGAUGAACAAUGCCAUGCCAGUGAAUGAACAGUGACAGUGAGAUCUUUCCCCCGCCUUCCUUUCUUGUUCUAGCCUUCACGUUGAAUUUGUUACAUAAAAAAGCAACUUUCUGCC